GUUCGUGUAUCUUGAAGACAGAAUUUUUAGUUCAUGUGCGAAAUCAAAAUAUGGUGAAAAUUCAUGCAUUUAGGUGGUUGAAGCAUAAUUCUCUAUCAUACCCUCAAAUAGGGAAGCUUAUAGUUGCAUCAAAAGGAGAUCUUGAUCACAUAAGACGUCUGGCAGAAUGGCUGAAGACGAUCCAUGUGAAUGGGAGGUAUAUAGGAGUCACAUUGACACGGGCUGGUGGGAACGUGUUGGAACGCAGCAUGGAGGAGUUUGACGAGCUUGUGAAUUAUUUGGAGGAUAACGGAGUGAGAAAGGACUGGAUGGGGUAUGUGGUUAGCAGGUGCCCUGAGAUAUUGGCUUUUAGCAUGGACGAGCUUAGGUCACGCGCUGAGUUCUAUCUGAAUAUGGGGAUGAAUAAGAAUGAUUUCGGAACCAUGCUUUACGACUGCCCAAAGUUGAUUGGAUACUUAUCUAUGGAGGAGAUGAAUCAGAAGGCAGCAUAUCUGAAGGAGUUUGGCCUCACUGAUGAAGAUUUGGGAAGGUUAUUAGCUCACAAACCACAGCUGAUGGCGUGUAGCAUAGAGGAUAGAUGGAAGCCUCUCGUUAAGUAUUUUUAUUACCUUGGAAUAUCGAAAGAUGGCAUGAGAAGAAUCCUCACUUUCAAGCCAAUCAUAUUUUGCAUUCAUUUGGAGAGCACCAUUGCACCAAAGGUUCAAUUCUUACUGGAUAUAGGCGUUCAGCAAGAUGCGAUUGGGAGUAUGCUUACCAGAUUUCCCUCUCUCAUGACAUAUAGUCUCUACAAGAAGAUACGACCAGUGGUGAUCUUCCUCUUGACAAGGGCAGGGGUUUCUCAACGUAACAUUGGGAAAGUAGUAGCCCUAGGGCCGGAGCUCAUAGGGUGCAGUAUUGUGCAUAAGCUAGAUCACAAUGUCAAGUACUUCUUGUCUCUUGGCAUAAGGCUACCUGUUUUGGGGGAGAUGAUCACGGAUUUCCCCAUGCUUCUCCUCUACAACAUUGACGUCCUUCGCCCCAAGUACCAGUACUUGAGAAGGACUAUGAUACGACCUUUGAAGGAUCUCAUUGAGUUUCCAAGGUUUUUCAGCUAUUCACUUGUAGAGCGAAUAAUCCCUAGGCACAGGAUCAUGGUGGAGAAUCGGGUUAAUUUCAAGCUACGGUACAUGUUGGGGGGCUCAGAUGAAGAAUUUCACACGAGAGUGAGGGAGGCAGUAGAGAGACGAAAGCGAUUUGAAUCUGGUAUUGUUAUAGGUGAAGAAGAACUAGCAUCAGAUUCUGAAAAAGAUGAUCAACCAGAUAUGAUGUCUGUUUCAAGUAUCAGAUGACUUGGAAAAUCAUUCAGAGUAUUAGAAUAAAGAGAAUUUCUUCAUUUGUAUUUGUACAUUGUGGUUAUUAGUUCAAUAGCAGCAUCAUGUAUAUACACAACCAAAUCUUCCUUGUA